AUGACUCGGCACGAUGCCAGAAGUUUUUCUCGCAGGCGACGUUCAAGUGAAGUGGUUGGCGUUGACUCUCCACCAAAGCGUCGGAGAUCAAGUGAAUCAGUUAAUAUCAGUAUGCAAAUCGAACGUCCAUUUUCUCCAGCGACCCUAGCAAGAAAACUAGAUGAGAUGCGCGCGGAUAUUUUGAAAGAUGCUGUUGACCAGCUGUCGGCGGUAGAGCUUCGCGGCUUCGACGGAAAGAUGGAGACAGAGGAAGAAUAUAUGAAACGUCGGGAAGAAGUACGCCUCCAACUUAACGAUCCUGACUCUUUCGAUGCAAAUGGGAAAACUGAGUUGAAUUAUGACUCAGCUGCAAUAGCAGGAGCUAAACUGCUGAUUGAUGAGACAAGAGCCACAAGAAGCAUGUGUAAGAAGCUACAAGAAGACUGUGGAAUUGAUGAAGAUGAGAUUCUAUACAAACCUCUACCUUACAACGAGGGAAGUGAGUACCAGUCGGCAAAGCAAUUAGCAGACUCAAGGCAAGCUUCGGUUGUCGAAUCUCUCGUUGAUUUCCAAAAGCAGAUUAAACUCAAAUCGGAGGUUCUAAACUGUGUGGCUCUCAGAAACCACGGUGAAAUGUCAAAGUCAGACGGAAGAUUGACGCGUAGGGCACGAGAAGAAGUAUUGGAAAAUGAGCGUGCUAACGCGAAAAUUGCCAAGAAUAGGAAGAAGGUCGUCAUGCGCACUCCAUCAAAAAAUUCCCAAAUCAAUCCACUGGAUGAAAAGAAGUCAGACGGAAGAUUGACGCGUAGAGCACGAGAAGAAGUAUUGGAAAAUGAGCGUGCUAACGCAAAAAUUGCCAAGAAUAGGAAGAAGGUUGUCAUGCGCACUCCAUCAAAAAAUUCCCAAAUCAAUCCACUGGAUGAAAAGAAGGUAAUCGGUUAA